GGGGGGCCGCCGACGGGGCGAAGGAGGCGCGGGGUGUUCCCCGGAGAGCAUUGCCCGAGGCGUUAGACGGUGCUCACCCGGGGACGGAAGCGUUGGACCGGGGCUUAGCGGGCCAGCCAAAUCGGGAUUUCGCUCGCGGUCCAGACGCAGAGCCGGAGGUCGAGGGACGAGCGGAGCUGACGUCGGAUCCGGAAGGUGCGGCGCAGCGGUCGCGGCAUGACGCAACGGUCGUGAGAGGGACAGCUGCUGUCGCGGGCAAGCCACCCCUGGCCCACCACACGGUGUUCUUCGAGAAAGUCGUCACGCAAUACGACGUCAACAUCAUCAUGGCGAGGACGGACGGACUCAGGAUCGGGAAGGGCGAUGCACAACGGAUUGCAGAAGCAAUCGGAGGCACCCUCCCGCUGGCGCAAGUUUUCCGGGCCCCCGAGGGAGGAACGUGUCGAGUGAGAUUCCGGUCACGGGGCGAGUACGGCAAGGCAUGCUGCUGCGGCCAAUUCGCCGCUUUUGCAAGGGGACAUCGGAUCGCCGCCGGAGAUGUCGUCCGCUUCUCCAAGUCUGACGCGGGGGACUUCGUCAUCACCCUCGACAAGGGCAGCGGGAGCUCCGGCGAAAGUCAGCGCGGCUGCCCGACACCCGGCCCGUCCAAUGACGUGGGGGCCGCCGUGCGGCCGGGAGCCGGUGCGUUGCGUUUGCCGGCGGCAGCGAGGUGGCGGAGGGACAGCGGCCUGGGUCGGGGCCAGGAGGGGCACAAAGCAGCAUGGGACGGUGGCGACCCUGCGCAGAAGGUUGCGCUCGCCGCCCCCUCCGCAGCCGGAACCAGCGGCCCCGACCUCCGAGUGUGGCGCCGGGGGGAUGACAACAGUCGGGGUGUGAGCAGCCACGAUGGAGCGCCCGCCUCACAGGCAAUUCGCUGGGAGAGGACGCGAUGGAAAACGUGGGGGGGGGCGCUGGGCAGAGAAGCCACGCUUUGGAUAGCGAGGACGAUAACGAGGGUGACGACGGGGAGUUGGGGGGCUCAGGCGAGGUAA